AUGGCGUCGGCGAUGAUGGAAUCCGUCUCCUUCCAGGGCCAGCUCCAGCGAUGCGUGGAUCUCUCCACAGGGCGCGAGAUCCACAGGAAGAUGGUCGCGAGUGGGAAUCCAGUGGAUUGGAAUUCGCUGGUGAGAAUGUAUGGCCGAUUUGGGAGCCUGGAGGAGGCACGAAGAGCGCUAGAGAGCGCCGUGGAGCCGGAUGUUUGCGCUUGGACCGCGAUGCUACGCGCAUAUGCCUUGAGCGGGCAUCUUGGUCUAGCCAAAUCCACCUUCGAUCGAAUGCCCGAGCCGGAUCUCUUCGCUUUCAACACGAUGAUCACGGCGUUCGCGAGGAGCGAAGAACUCGCCGGCGCCAAAGCCCUCUUCGAUUCCAUGCCGGAGAGGAACGUCGUCUCCUACACCGCGAUGCUCCAGGCAUAUUCCCUGGCUGGGCAUCUUGCCGAUGCGAAGGCCAUGUUUGACAAGAUGCCGCAACGCAACGUUGUAGGAUGGACGGCAAUGAUUCAAGCCUAUGCCCACGGCGGGCAUCCCGGCGAUGCGCGGCGGAUCUUCGACCGGAUGCCGCAACGCACCACAGUCUCGUGGAACGCGAUGCUCGAGGCAUAUACUAUGCCCGGGCAUAUGCUCGAAGACGCGAGCGGCAUAUUCGACGCCAUGCCCGAGUGGAGCCUGGUAUCCUGGACGGGCAUGCUCCAAAUGUAUGCCACGAGCGGGCAGCUCAACCGGGCAGCGCGCGUGUUCGAUUCCAUGCCCGAGCACGAUAUCGUGUGCUCUACCGCGAUGCUCCAGGCAUAUUCCCAGCGCGGCCAAAUGGAGCUCGCGGGUGGGGUGCUGGAAUCCAUGCCCGAGUGGAAUGCCGCGACCAGCACGGCUAUGGUGAUUGGAUUCGCCCAUCUGGGGCAUCUGGAUCUGGCGAAGAUCGCGUUCCACGCCAUGCCCGAGCACGCGAUGGCGGCGUGGACGGUGCUGCUCGAGGCGCUGGCGGUGAAUGGAGAGAUUGGCGAUGCGGGCAGGGUGUUCGAUCGCAUGCCAGAGCGCGACCUCGUGUCGUGGACGUCGAUGAUCGCGAUCCAGUCGCGGACGAGGAGCGCGAUCCAUCUCUUCCGGAUGCUCUGCGCGGAGGGGCUGGAUCCCGACGAUGUGUGCCUCACGCACGUCCUGGCAGCUUGCAAUCACGUCGGGAUGGUGGGCGAGGGAUUGCGGCUGGGGAUGGGAAUGCUCCCGGACUUUGGGAUCACGGCCAGGGAGGAGCAUCUCUCGUCGAUGAUCCAGGCGCUGGGGCGGGCAGGGGAUCUAGUCCGGGCGCAGGACCUGGUUGGGUCGGGCGGGAUCGCGAGCGCGAACUCGGUGGCCUGGACGGCGCUGCUGGCUGGCUGCCAGAUCCACCGGGAUGUGGAUCGCGCAAGGCGAGUGUGGGGAGAGCUCACCAAUUUGCUGCCCAGCGAUGCUGUGCCACAGAUCCUAUUGGGAAUCGACCGGACGAUGGGCAGUGCUCGUAUCGGCUGCCUGUUCUCGCGCAUGGACAGGUUCUUCGUCGUCAAGCUCUGGCGUGAAACCAACACCGUGCAAGUAACACCAUCGUUUCUUCCAGUGCCGGAUCAAUUGUCCAAGGAGGAGGAUUUCAUGCUCAUGAAACUGAGGUGGCUGGAUGCGUGCGAGCAAGGGAGUGUCACCCUGAGCGACGUUCUUCCAGCGGAGCCCACGGCCGGGUUUCGCUCGCUGGUUUCUUACGUGGAAAAGAUCCAGCGACUGUUUGGACUGCCACCUUCGAUUGUGCGCUUGGUGGGAUCAUCCCCGUAA